AUGGCUACCUACCUAGUCACUCAGGCAACCGGCCAGCAGAGCCAAUCGGUCAUCGCCCAUCUGCUCGCAACAGGCGCCAAGAUCCAUGCCGUCGUCCGCGACCCUGCAAAGAUUCCAGCAGCCUUGAAACAGCAAGGUAUUACCAUCUUCAAGGGCGAAAGCACAAACUUUGAAGAAAUCUUCCAGGCGGCACAAGGCUGCCAGGGAGCUUUCCUAAACACUUUCCCGAUUCCAGGAAUCGAAGCCCAGCAGGCCAAGACGAUUGUUGCGGCAUGCAAGAAGGCAGGAAUUGAGAAUCUCGUCGCCGCCACCACCUUUACUGUGGAAAAUAGAGCCUUUUGGGAUGAUGAGGCUACGAAGGAGGUCGGAUUGCACGACUACUGGGUAUCCAAGGCACAAGUCGAGGAGGCCGUCCGCGCUGGUAAUUUCAAGUCGUACACUAUUGUUCGACCCGCCGUCCUUCAUACCGAUUUCAUGCUGCCAGGCGUUCACCUCAAUUUCCCUGCGCUCGCCGAACGUGGAGAGCUGGACCACGCCUUCAAUGAUGGCGUUCCCAUCUUUUAUACAGACAUACAGGACGUUGGAAAGUACGUCGCAGCAGCCUUUCAGGAUCCAGCCAAAUUCGCUGGCCAGGAGAUCAAUGUGAUCAAAGACCUUCUUACUGCUGAGGAAGUUGGCGACAUCAUUUCCAAGGUUAGCGGGAGAGAUAUUCCAGUGAAACGAAGGGCCAAUGUGGAAGUAGAGGCAUUGCAGGCCUCUGCCCACGGCAUGUUGUUCCAUCUAUGGGCGAACAAAAAGGACUUGACUCCUUAUGUGAAUGUGGCCAAGGAAACUCAGGCCAAGUAUGGCAUACCUUUGACUUCACUGGAAGCGGCGUUGCAGAGGGACAAGGCUCGUCUUUUGGAGUGUUUGCCGGCAUAA